AGCAACAUGAACGAAAGUGACUAUUACGACUCCCUCGAAGACGUGGAAAAAUUAAUAGAACCGGUUCUCUUUAGUUCCAGUAUAAUCAUGAUGAUUCUUGGAACUCUGGUCAACAUUUUCCUAGUGUCGGCCAUCUUGACUUCUCCGGUUUUACGUCUAAAACUCAAGAACCGAAUUAUAGCGAUGAUGUGUGUUUGCUUUCUUGGGGAGGUUUCACUUGAAAUCGCUAGAUCUAUACUUGAGUAUAAAGAAAUACAUUUUACCGAUUAUCAUUUCUGGAAUUUGUAUAUCAAUACUCAUGUUAUUGAAGAUUUCAUCUCCUUAUGGUAUGUCGUUGUUCUGUUGAUUAUUUACAUUGCAAAGCUCUACGACUUGGAUCCAAGCAGAACUUUAAGUCUGAAGUUUGUAAAGCUAGGAUCUGCUGUUAUUUUAGUGAUUCCAUUGAUAUUAUCAGCCACGAUAAUACCUGUGAUGAUUGAAUCCAUGAACAGUCAUUCUCAAGACUACUUAUCUAUUGAAAAUAUGCUAAAGCUACGAGCUGUGAGUACAAUUACCCCUUUUAUCGUUGCCAUCGUACUUACAGUUGUCGCUGGAGUUAUUUACCGUCGACGAUUUAGCCACGGGUUCUUGGGUCAGUCUACUUGUGUGGAUCUAAUCAAUCGUGGGACCGUAGUGGACAGGCCUGUAGCUUACAUAAUAGCAACUUCUGUGUGUGUCGUCUGCUACGCUGUACACAUCUUCUUCACUGUGUACCUUGUAAGAAUAGUUUCCCUUCUUACUGAAAUAAGACUGUAUAUCGUGGACGAAGUUCUCCAAGACGUCUUCACCUACUUACUUCCCUUGUCGUGGUUGUUUCUUGACGACUUGAGGGAGAGAAUAAAAACAUGGCGUCCGUGGCGUCGUACUAGACAGAACAUUCACAUUACAGUCAGCUACUCUAAAGAAGAAAUACUUGAUGAGUCUCAUGCAGAAAUAUUUCUGUAA